GGGCGAGCCCUUUCUCGGGGGCGUGGCCUCCUAGCCAGCGGCCGGGCUCAGAUCCAGCGGCCAAUGCUUCUGGCCCCACAGAGGCACCUACAGAAAACUGAAGGCUUGACACAUCCCGAGGAGUAGAGCCCAUGGACACCUUCAGCACGAAGAGCCUGGCCCUGCAGGCCCAGAAGAAAGUCCUCAGCAAGAUGGCUUCCAAGGCCAUGGUGGCUGUGUUUGUGGACAAUACCAGCAGUGAGGUCUUGGAUGAACUGUACCAGGCCACGAAGGAGUUCACGCGCAGCCGGAAGGAGGCACAGAGGGUCGUGAAGAACCUGGUGAAGGUGGCUGUGAAGCUGGCUGUGUUGCUGAGGGCGGACCAGCUGGACAGCAAUGAGCUGGCCCAGCUGCAGCGGUUCCGGGGCCGCGUCCGCAGCCUGGCCAUGACAGCCCUCAGCUUCCACCAGGUAGACUUCACCUUUGACCGGCGUGUGCUGGCCACUGGGCUGCUGGAGUGCAGGGACCUGUUGCACCAGGCUAUUGGCCCACACCUCACUGCCAAGUCCCACGGCCGCAUCAAUCAUAUCUUCAGUCACUUUGCCAAUGGUGACUUCCUGGCCGCGCUGUACAGCCCAGCAGAGCCCUACCGGAGCCAUCUGUGCCGCAUCUGUGAUGGCCUCGGGAGGAUGUUGGACGAGGGUGGCAUCUGACCUGGAGUCAGCCACCUGGAGACUAUCCUCCACUGGUGACGGUCCCCGAGAACACAGAACUGCCUGUGCCUGGGGUAGUCUCUCUGUUUCUCCUGCUGUAACCUAUCUGCUUUUGUCUAGCUUCUGCUUCGUCUCCGGAUCUCCUCUUCUUACUUCUGAGACAGGCCUCAUGUAGCCCAGGCUGAUCCCAAACACCCUAUGUAGCAAAGGCUGACCUUGACCUCCUAAGCCUCCUGCCCCCACCACCGAGAGUGCUGGAUGAUAGGUGUGUGCCAACGCCUCACUGUCUGGGCAUUCUCGGUCUUUCAAAUAAGGUUGUGGAGAAUUGGGAGACAAGAAUUGUACUCCCCUGACCCUUACCCCUGCCAAAUGACUAUGUUUGUUUCCUAAGCCUCAGGUCCUCCCAAGGUGACUUGCUUUAGAAAAUGGAGUUCAAACUCUUGUUGUACCAGACUAGAGUUGAACAAGUACUGGACUGCUACAACAGGUCCUUAUGUAUAGGUUGGCCCAGGAAGGCUCACUCUGCCAAUGCUGCAGGACACUGGACACUGAGGAGUGAUGCUACUGCAAACCAAGAACACCAGCAGACAGAUGCUGUGCGGCGGAUCAUGGCUUCUCUCAAUGGUUUUGAAAGGAGAGACUCCAAGCACAUUUCAGUGUUGGGAUCUGAGGUCCUGUUAGGGGACUGGACCCUCGCAUUGAAGAGAAGAAAUAGAGCCGGUGAGAUGGCUCAGCAUGUAAGAGUGCUUGCCACCAAACUUGUUUGGAGUUUACCAAAAUUUGUGUGGUGGAUGGAGACAACCAGUCUUAGAAAGCUGGCCUCUGACCUCCAUGUGGACGGGCCCACACAGAACCACACAGCGGCUUCCGGUGCUUGGAAACAUGGCGGGGCCCUGACCACUCAGCAAGGAGGCGCUAAUCAGGCAGAAAUGUGGGGUCUUCACUGAGUGAUAGUACAGGACUUGCUGUGAAACAUGGGGACCCCAGAGGCUGUCCCCAGCUUCGGACCAGGGUAAAGCCACUGGAGACACGAGCAUGUGUUACAUUAUAAUUCCAUAUUUGGGAAACAAAUCCAUCUUUUCUCUUUGAA